AUGUCUUCCAGGUUCUUCCGCGGCGGUGACGACAGCUCGUCCGAGAGCUCGUCUGAGGAGGAGGAGCUCUACACUGACGAGGAGGAGGAAGAGAAGGCCAAGGCCGAUUCCGAUGAGGACGAAGAUGAAGACGAAGAUGAGUCGGAAGAAUCAUCCAGUGAUGAUGAUGGAGAAGCCAAACCAGGUGCCUCGCGUUUCCUUCGCGAUGCCUCAUCAGAAAGCGAGGAAAGCGAAGACGAAGAGCGGGUGAAGGUCAAGAGCGCAAAGGAUAAGCGCUUCGAGGAGAUGGAGGCAACCAUCAAGCUCAUUGAGAAUGGCCAGAAGAACGGAGACUGGGCGUCUAUCUCGACAGAAUUCGACAAGCUCAAUCGACAGGUCGCCAAGAUCCAGGAUAACCAGAAAACUCCCAAGCAGUACAUCAAGACGAUUGCCGAAUUGGAAGAUUACAUGAACGAGGCCGUGGCCAAGCAGAAGGUCACGCCCAAGAAGAUGAAUGCCACGGCCGCCCGCGGAUUGAAUGCGGUCAAGCAAAAGAUCAAGAAAAUCAACAAGGACUACCAGCCGCAAAUCGAGGCGUACCGCGAGGACAACGACGGGUUCAUGGAGUCGUCCGACGAGGAGGAGGUGGCGCCGAAGGCCAAGAAGACGGUGCGUAUCGCCGACGACUUCGAUCAACAGUUGGACGACGACAUCGAGGGCUUUGCGACGGUAGGAAAGGGAGGAAAGACGCUCCAGUUCACGCCCGAGAGCAUCUUCAAGCACCUCCGUACCAUCCUCGAGACCCGCGGCAAGAAGAACACCGAUCGCCAGGAGCAGAUCAAGGUGAUGGAGAAGCUCAACGAGAUCGCCAACACACCGUACCAGAAGAUUCGCGUGCUCCUUACGCUGAUCUCGACCCGGUUUGACCUCGGAAGCGGCGGCGCCACGUCCAUGCCGCUCGACCACUGGAAGGCGGCCGAGAAGGAAAUGACUGCGCUGUUCGAGAUCCUCGAGACCAACACCGAGUACGUCGUCGUCGAGAACGCCGAAGAGUGGGAGGACGACGAGAAGCCGCCCGCGCUGGAGAAGGACCAGAAGUACAUCAAGGUGCCCGGCAGCAUGGUGUCCUAUGUGGAGCGGCUCGACGACGAGCUGACCCGAUCGCUCCAAAACAUCGAUCCCCACACGUCCGAGUACAUUGAGCGGCUAACGGACGAGGGUGCGCUGUACAACAUUAUUGUUCGGUGCAUGUUGUACUACGAGUACCUUCAUAAGCAGGGUGACCUUGACAUUCCCCAGGAGAGCAUCAACCGCAUCAUCACGCGGCGACUGGAGCAUGUCUACUUUAAGCCCGCUCAAGUCAUCAAGAUCCUCGAGGACAACGCGUGGAAGUCUGUAUCCCCCAAGGCCGAGUCGACCAUCACCCCGCGCGCCCAGACGCCCGAGGCCGGCAAUCUGGUCAAUGUACUCUGCACGUACCUCUUCAGCCACGCCGAAGGCAUCCUCCGAGCCCGCGCCAUGUUGUGCCAGGUGUACUUUUUGGCGCUGCACAACGAGUACUACAAGGCUCGUGACAUGCUGCUCAUGUCUCACCUUCAGGAGAACAUCCCCAACUUUGACGUCCUCUCCCAGAUCCUGUACAACCGGACGCUCGUCCAGGUGGGUCUGUGCGCGUUCCGGCAGGGCCUCGUGUACGACGCGCAGACCACACUGCAGGAGAUUUGUGGCAGCGGGCGGCAGAAGGAGCUCUUGGCGCAGGGAGUCAUGAUGCAGAGGUACAGCCAGGUGUCACCGGAGCAGGAGAGGCUCGAGAAGCAGCGGCAGCUGCCGUUCCACAUGCACAUCAACCUGGAGCUGUUGGAGUGCGUGUACCUCACGUGCAGCAUGCUGCUGGAGAUCCCGGUGCUGGCGCAGACCGGGUCGUCGCCGGACAUCCGGAAGCGCAACAUCAGCAAGACGUACCGGCGCAUGCUGGAGUACCACGAGCGGCAGAUCUUCACGGGCCCGCCGGAGAACACGCGCGACCACGUGAUGCAGGCGUCCAAGGCGCUGGCGGCGGGCGACUGGAAGAAGUCGAUCCAGUUCAUCCACAACAUCAAGAUCUGGGAGCUCAUGCCGCACGCCGAGGAGAUCAAGACGAUGCUCGCGAAGCAGAUCCAGGAGGAAGGGCUGCGGACGUACCUGUUCACGUACGCGCCGUUCUACGACACGCUGGCGGUGGAGACGCUCAGCGGCAUGUUCGAGCUGGAGGCGAGCAAGGUGAUGGCGGUGGUGAGCAAGAUGAUCAGCCACGAGGAGCUGGCGGCGUCGCUGGACCAGGUGACGUCGACGGUGAUCUUCCGCAAGGGCGUCGAGCUCAGCCGGCUGCAGAGCCUGGCGCUGACCAUGUCGGACCGCGCCAGCUCGCUGAUCGAGACCAACGAGCGGACGCUGGAGCAGCGGACGCAGGGGACGAGCAACGCGUUCGAGCGGCAGGGCGGGCGCGGGCGGGGCGGCGGCCGGGGAGGAGGCGGCUACAGGGGACGGGGCGGCGGCCGGGGCGGCGGCGGCCACAUGCAGCGGCAGGCGGGAGGGACGCAGUUUACGGGCGGAGCGCUGGGAGCCGCGGUACGGGGCUGA